UUGCUAGACGAGUAUGUACAUUUGUACAUGUUAAGAGAGGGCACUAUCUGGAAUCAGCCCUCUGCCAAACAGUUCUAAUUGCAACUCUACAUGUUUGAUGAAUAUCUAGACUGGCCGCUUUGACGCAAACGACUUUUAAAGAACCAACAAUGCAUUCAUGUAGUGUGAGCCACACGAGAGUCGCAUUACUGUCUGGACUGCAGGUGUACUAAAUGAUAAUGACAAGGUAUGUUUUGCAUUGCCAAGAAUGUUUAACCAGCAGAUAGAAAUAUUGUUUGCAAGAGAACUGUCCCAUUGGCAAGCUCCCACCGCUGCAGCUUGAGUCAGGUGGUGAGGAGCCCACCAUGUAGACUAUAUCACCCUCCAAGCCAUUCUAGGGGAGGUUUAUGCAAGAUUUUAUCAGAGUCUUUUGUAGGACGCAACCAGUGCUGCAUAUUGUUACAGAAGAAUUUUAGUUCUUCUUUCGCACACAUUGUACUGAAAAGCCUUAACGUUUAAAAGAGUGCUAUUUAUGAGGCUGGAAAAUUUACGUUUGAAAUAACAGUGGAACUACUGUGAGGUUUUGCUGUUGAGUAGUUGUCUGCUUCGAGACAAGUAGAGAAGACUAUAGGUUUUUUCACAGAACAAAGAACGCCAAAGAUUUUAUCAAAUAUACAAGCCAAAGCACAAGCGUUAACUGCCAUUUGGAGCGGACACUACGGGAGACUGCGCCGACCUGACGCCGACUGGCACCUCACGGCGGCGUGCGUACGGUGUUUGUGUGCUUCCACUAUUGGCAAUUAUACACAGCUUAUUUUUUUACUGAUGUUACUCUUAGUCCAUGGACCAAACCAGUGCUAAACAAAGAAUAGUAGUUGAUGAACACGAUAUGGAGGCCUGGCCAGCGAUCACUCGUGGUGAGAACAGUCGUCCCGCCGCCCCAUCUGAGAACGAACUGAAAGUGGCUUCCUCUGCCGGCACCAUCAAUACAAUCGCUGCACCCACCAACAUGCCAGCAUCCGGCCACACCCAGGCCCCACCCAGUGAGCCGGGCCACGCCAGUAUGGCUGCUACCACAGCCUCAGGAGCCAAGAGCAUCUGGAACACAGGCUGGGGCUCUAUCACCACCACCGCCGGCAACUCAGUCUGGGGCACCAGUACCCCAUCCUUGGCCGGCAGCGGCUCAGCUGAAGUGGAGAACUCCAAGGACCCACGAUCGGGUUGGACCGGUGGCAACGGGAGCAAGAGUGUGGAGGAGAGCAACGGGAUGGACACCCAGCCUCCUGCCCCACAACAAGGCCAGGUGUCGGAUCGGAUGCAGACUGAGAGCCCUCGGCCAAGCAGCACGGUACCCGCUAGUACCUCUGGCUGGGGUCCAGCCAAGGAACAAAUAAUAGGUGCUAACAACUCUGCCACUAGUGCUAAUGGUUCCUCAUGGGCUGCUGGUUCUAGCACCACCAGCAGCAAUAACCAGCUUGACCUGACCAACACAGCACCCUGGAGCUCAAGCAACACCUCCGCUGGUGGCCCUAGUGGCUGGAAUACCGCCCCUCCCAAGACCCCAACCUCUGGCUGGGGAGACAUGCCAAAUACCGCCGGCUCCGCGGCACCUGCUGCGGGAUGGGGGGCAGUCCCUACCCAGUCAUCCAACUCCGGCUGGGGUGGGAAGCCCAACUCAAGCCAGCAGACCAACUCCAGCGAGGCAGCGGCUGUGCCUGGGUGGGGAGACAGCACCACCCCGGGCAGCCAGUGGAGACGACCGGGCCAGACCCCUACCUCAGCGGGGCCUUCUGGAUGGGGUACCUUGCCAAGCCCCAGCCCUGCCACAGGUCCUGCCACAGGUCAUGUAGGUCCUGCCACAGGUCAUGCAGGUCCUGCCACAACUGGAUGGGGAAGUAACUCGGCUGCAAUACCCAACGAUGGACCUGACUCGCGCCCCAACAGGCAGCCGCCGACCCCGUCAGGCUGGGGAGGGGGCGACAAUCGACGCAAUGGAGGCAACAGCUCGGGAUGGGGACCUCCCUCUGGCAAUUCCUGGGAACCUGGCAACAGGAGCGAUCCAAAAUUCAGCUCCAUGGAAACUAACGCAGAAGGAUGGGGCAAGAAACCCAUCAACCAGGAUACUCAGUGGGAAGGGGGUGCUCAACAAGUGCCUAAGACUUUGGAUAAUGGUACUGCUGCCUGGGGAGGAAAUCAGGGUACUCCAGCAGCUCCAGGUUGGGGUCCCAAUCCUCCACCACCGUCUGCUUGGGGAAAGCCUAGGAUGCCAAGUGAGGCACCUCAGGUUGUAACUCCCCCAGCACCACCACCUGCUCAGUCUGCUUGGGGAGGCGAUCGCAAACCAGCCUGGGGUGCAACACCUGGUCGGAAUGACGGCAAUGUUGGGAUCCCGGGACCUGGAAUAAGAGGUGGAAGUGGAAUUGAUGGCAACAUGGGUAUGCGUGGAAUGGUUGGUAACAAUGCAGUUGGUGGCAGCAGUGGGAUUGGGAUGAGUGGCAGCAGUGUGAUGGGCUCUGGAUCCUCUCAGUGGCGACAACCACCAGGGCCAAUGGAGCGUCGUGAAAGCACAGGCCAGAGUCGUCCUAGUGGCUGGGGAAAUCCCAUGGGCAUGCCUCCAGGCAGCAACACCCAUGGCCAGUCUGACAGCAGCUCAUGGGGCACCUGGUCUAAUGAGGAAGCAAAUCCUCCCAUGGAAGGCCCUCCUCCUCCCAGAAUGCCUGAAAAGCUUAGUGGCUGGUCAGAUAUUUCUGACAUCCCAACCACCAUCAUCCCCACUGGCUGGGGUGGCCCUUCCACACAACCAAACCGCAAGAUGCCCGUCGAUGAUGGCACCUUUGUUUGGGGUAACUCCGGCGAGCACAACGCAAGAAUUGAAGCCCAAAAUCGCCGCAACAUCGUCCGCUUGGCCUCCCUCGUUGAGGAGGAGGAACACAGUACUAUGCAAACACCUCCGCCUGGCACCCCUGGCGAGGCAGAAGAUGGGACGGCUGUGCCUCCAUCGCCUGUCACCACCAACGCACCAGAGGGGAGCACAAUCCAAGCACCCAAACCAGAGGGCGGUACUACCACCCAGGCAGGUUGGGGAGAGGCCAGUCAGGAUCAGAAGGCCCAAGGCUGGGGCAGUGCUCCAAAGACUUCUGAAGAGGGUCAAGGAACGGGAUGGAACAGGAAUGGAGGAGCAAAACCAGCAUCGAGCGGUGGCAAGUGGGAUGAACCCUGGGGCGGCAGUAGUACUACUGGUGGCAGUACUCAGGACAAGGACUCUAUGCAAGCUGGAUGGAAUGAGGGCCCAGGCGGAAAUGGAAACGCUGCAGGCCACUGGGGAGAGGAUGACUGGGAGACCAAGUCACAGAGCAGCGAGUCAUCGGUCAGCAGCAGCAACUGGAUGAAAGGACGCAACAACAAGCAAGUCAGGGGUACUAAUGGUAUGGGUAGUAUCGGUCAGAAGGAGUCCAACCACUGGAUCAGUAAACUCAAGAGGCUGAUGGACCAAGGCUAUCGUCAGGAGGAGGCCGAGAUGGCACUCAGAAAGCACAACAUGAACUUCGACAGCGCUCUCAUGGAGCUGAGGCAGAUGUCAGAUGGCAAGUCCGGUGAUCUGGACGCCCACCUGCGCCAAGUGAACCGUGACAUGGGCUCCCUGAUGCUAGGUGGGGACAACCACCUACCGGAUGGCCCCAAGCCCUUUGGCAUGGGUGAGGGUCCCCCACCACCCCCAUCCCCAAUGUCCAACCCAGGCAUGAUGAACAAUCCCAUGGGACCCAAGCCGGGCUUCAGCAACGUCCGGGGCGGCUUUCCGCCCAAUCAGCAGCAGCGCUUUGGCAACAUGCAGCAGCAGCAGCCACAGGGCUUUGCCCCGCCGUUUGCUCCACCCAACCAGCCUCUCCGAGGACCCUUCAACCCGCAGAUGAUGCAGCAGCAGCAGCAACAGCAGCAGCAGGCUCAGAACUUCUUGCAGAUGGCUGUGCAGGCUGGACUGAUUAACCAGAGCCUUCUCCAGCAGCCUCUAAGCAACCAGCAGGUCAUGCAGGUGUUGCAGAGCAUUCCGCAGCAGCUUCAACAGCUGUUACAAGCCCAGCAACAGCAGAACGCCUCCGGCAAGAUGCCAAACAUACGGCAGCAGGAGGUGAUGCAGCGUCUGAUUGCCAGCCAACGCGGUAUGCCCCGCCCUCCCUUCCCUCCUCGUGGCAAACUCCACAGCGACUCGGAAGUGUUCCCCAACAACGAGGGCAGCGGCCCAGGCAACAACGCUGACUUCGGUGUCAAGGAGCCCCAGCAGUCCCGCCUGUCGCAGUUUUUCGCCCAGCGUCAGUCGCUGAGCAGUGCCGUGGGCAAACCCACCAGUGAUCUGUUCCCCAGCUCUGGGCGCAACGAUUCCAUGGCCUCUAUCUCGGACGUGUCUUCGCGCAGCGAUGGCUGGUCCCGCAGCAACUCACCCACCCAAUCGGACAGCCUACCGCACAGUGCCGACUCGACCUUCUCCGACUCGGGCUGGUCCUUCCCGCACUCUAACAGCGAGAUCGACCUGCUGGAGUUCAAGCCCGGGGUGCCUUGGAAGCCCCGCACCAAGGAUGUUGCCAACGACCCCCACGCCACUCCGGGGAGUGUCAACAACGAUCUGCUGAACAGCUCCAGUCUGACUGUUGGCGGCAACACCCGCAGCAACCGCAAUGACCGAAGCUCCCGGGACGACAUCUCAGGCAUCCUGAUCAAGCCUAUGAAGCCCCCACCGCCAAACUCCAACUGGACCGGUGGCAACUCCGGCAACCCCAAUUUCAAGAAGUCCAGCUGGAACUACCAGGACCAGGGAUCUGCCUUCUCUCAGCCCACCUCUGCCCCUAACUGGAAUGUGCCUUCUACGAAUCAGCGUCCUCCACGCCCUCCGCCCGGCCUUGAUCAACCGAGGAAUGCCGGCUGGCCGGUCUCGUCUUCCCAGAAUGCCCCAGGAGGUCGCACCUGGGACAGGUCCCACAGUACGUCAGGAGCCUGGCCGGGCAGUGAGGGUGCCACUAAUUGGUUGGUGCUUCGAAAUCUGACCCCUCAGAUUGAUGGAUCCACCUUGCGCCUGUUGUGCCACCAGCACGGCCCCCUGGAACACUUCCACAUGAACCUCUCCCAAGGCACUGCCAUCAUCGCUUACAAGACCCGUGACGAAGCCGUCAAGGCCCAGCGAAGCCUCAACACCUGCGUGCUCAGCAACACCACCAUCAUCGCCGACUUUGCCACCAGCGCUGAUAUCGCCCGCAGCCGCGACCGCAGCCAGUCGCAGUCCGGCGGCAGCGGUAAGUUUUCCUCUACAGGCAGCAGCAGCGGCAGUAACCCUGGAAGCAGUCUGAGCGGGAUUCCGUCCUUCGGCAUCAAGGAGGAGGCUCCAAGUGGUGGCAGCAGCGGAAGCAGUGGUGGCCAGUGGAACGGAGCUGGCACUCAGAGUCUGUGGUCCACCAACACCUCCGCCACCUCUACGCCUUGGAGCGGCGGCGAAACAGAAACCACCGCAGGAGCUGGAGUGCCUUCCUCCCUGAGCUUCCUGCCGGGAGAUCUGCUUGGAGAGGGCACCAUGUAAAUGGUCACCACUCGAAAAGCCCAAGAUUUUUUUCACAAGUUUUCUUUUGUGUGCAAAAGCAGUAUGAUAAAAGUUCAGGAAAUACUAGGGUUUUUUUAAUGAAAAAAAAAAAUGAAUAACAGACUUGUAGGUUUGUAAAGUUGUUUUGUUUUCUGCAUCAGAUAGUUCUAUUGGAUUUUUGCCAGUUGAGAGAAAUGUAUAUUGAAGUAGUCUAUUAUACAACAGUUCAAAAAAAAAUCCUUUACUUUUUUGAAGGAGAAAGGAUGUGUCUAUGAUGCCAAAUUUAUCUGCUUUUUUAUUACUUGUGUUUUAAAUGUUUUUGAAAUCUACUCAAUUUUUUUGUACAUAUUGUGUAUGCAUCUCUGCCAAGAUACAAAAUAUAACUUUGCUCAAGGAUUUGUACCUUCAUGUGGAUGAUACGUGGAGGAAGAUGGACUAUGACUAAUCAAGACUUCUGAUGCCAUUUUUUUUGUGAAUCACACAACUAGUGCAAGUACCUGUUCGUCUGACCAAAAUUGGAUUAUGUGAUUUUCUUAUUAUUAAAUGUGAUACUUUCGGAGGGAAUCAUCGGAAGAAAAUGGACUUCUGGAUUCGCGUGGCUACCCGUGCCCACACUCCCAACUCAUUUGUAAGGCAAUAAGACAAGCACCUACCACGCCCGUGUGUGUGUGUGUGUGUGUGUACCUGUAUAUGUGGUCAAAAUCACCCUUGCUUCAUUUGGAGUGACCUUUCAAAUUGUGAAACAACGGACUCGAAUAUGGCCGUCUGCCGUGGCGGCCAAGGAGAACGGACUCCCAUGUUGCUUCAUUUGUCUUUUUCAAGAUGACUCUGGCGUCGUAAACCUCCAACAACGAAAGCAGUGUGUUAAAAAAAAGAUGCUAACAAACUACUCUCUUGUUUUUUUUUCUUGGAUAUGUGCAAUGGAUAUAAAAAAAAAAAAUCUUUCUAUCUACAGUUUAUGAACUCCAACUUCAUUCUUUUGCGGGUUUGCAUUAAAAAAAACAAAAUCACCAACGUUAUGUUCUCCGCAUCUUCGUGGUGUGUAUUAGUUUGUCGGACGAAAGGAAGCAAGCGUUAUGGAAACGAGGAAACAGCAGUAAAUGUGCUAUUUUGAUGCUGUAUGUGACGUCAUUAUGCAACAUACAUGUACACAAAACUGACGGAAUGUGUUGCAGUGGCAGUGCGUUGAUAUGCUCAGCUGUUCAGCAAUGAGGUGCCUGAUUCAAGGAGAUACGCUUGUGCUUCUGGAUGGGCGGAGUUAACUUCUACACCAGACAGUGUGGCGAGUGUGUUACAUUACUGGAAUGCCUGUAGCAAUGUGAGGAUGGCAGCGCAGGAGUGUAUCAAGGAAUGAGCAUCGCCAAGAGACGAUCUUUGAAAAAAAAAAAAAAUUCCAAAAAGGGGAAAGGGUGGAGGUGAACCAUGAACAAAAAAAGUCCUCCGCCCACCCCAGACCAACUGGAAUCCGAAAUGGUGCCGCACAAUUUUGGUUUUUAAUACUGACUUGUUUGUAGCGUCCAAAAGUGCAAUUUCCAUGCUGAUGUGUUUUAUAUUUGUGUGAUGCGAAGACACUGCGGGACCUAGCCCACCAACAGUGAACGAGAACCUCGAGGAAAAAAAACAAAAAAAGGAGCAACACAAAACUGUGGAGAAAACCAAACUUAAACAAACUGAGCGACCCACUGGAAACCUCUGUGUGUUUGGCUGAAGGGGUACUGAAAUCGACAUUAUUGUCUUUCAACGACUAGUAAUUAUUACUAUUAUUAAGCAUUUAAAAACAAAUAACCUUUGACAUUGGAAAACAACUUAAAGAAUUGUGUACAGCAUGUAUUUUGAAUACCGCACGUUUAUUUUCUGUCCGUGAGCGACAGCUUAUGUUUUCUUGUGAUCAACUAACAAUGAUGGAGGAUAUUUCUAAUUGUCGAUUCUUUGUACAGAAAGCAACAAACAAAAAAAUCUGUGGAUAGCUGCACUGACUUUUUUCUUGAGGAUUUGUAUUUCCUAGUGCCUCUCCUUUGAACAUCUGAUAUAAAUAAGUAAAGUAAGAGUUGAAAAAAAAACUUGUUGAAUAACUGAAAGAUUUGUAAAUACGAUAACACCAACAAUCCAGCCAAAUGCUUAAAGACAAAUUAACCACCAGUGUUUUUUGCAUAUAUGCAAGUAUGUAGGGUUUGUGCAAAGUAUUAAAUGUAACAGAAAAAAAAAAAUUAAUGAAAAUUGUUUAAAAAAAAAAAAAAAUUCAAAAAAAAAAAAGGAAAAAGAAAAAAAAAAGCGGGGUGAUGACAGAACACAGUGACUCUUCGUAAAGGGUUUUAGGUGUGCGCAAAACAUAGGAAGCGAAAAUUAUUUUUGAUUUUUUUUUAAACUCCACUGCUGUGUGUUAUCAGUGCAACCAAGCACAAUGGGGCAUUUAUGUGUAAGCAAAGCGGGCAUUUUAUACAAUAGUGCAACAUGGAAAAAAGAUUAGAUUCCCCACUCGUUUAUUUGGCUAUCAAGGCGACUAUAUCUACUGAGGCGGCCAUCUUGAAUUAAACUCCGUGCAUUUUCCAAUGCAGACUGAUAAAUGAUCAAAAUGGAAGUUCAGAGCAAAACAGCCCGGAUGUGUACUUUUGGAAAAAAGGUUCUCAACUUCUCACCUCCCACAAAAGUGGUACAUUCUCGAGAUCAGUAAUUUCUGCAGUAAGUGAAUAGCAAGUCUUUGAAAAGAAGACCCUUCUAUUUGUUCUCAGGGUCGUUCCAAAAGCUGGCCUCCGCAUUAGAAGUAGGGGCUUGGAUUGUAUCAAGAUAUUGCAACUUCAACAUGUCACCACCGUAACUCGUUUGAAAAAAAAACAAGGAGUAUCUACUUCAGUCUUUCCGAGUUGUUUCAGACAGCCUUAAUCAAAGUGAACAAAAAUAUUAAAAAGCUUGAAUUCAAACCUUGCGUAAAUGCCCCAGUCAGAACCAAAGCACGUGUGCUUUAGACUCAGAGUUUUCAGCCUGUAUUCAUGUUUCGUUGGGAAUAAAAAUGUUUACCAAUUCAGAACCACGAAGCAAUCUCAAUCUGAUUGCCUCGCUCCAGUAGCACAUUCAGCAUUAUUCAGUUGCAGUUGAGUUAUACCUUCUCAAAAGAUUUCUGCAUUUGUACGAAGAACUGGAAGGAACGACAAAAAUAGCAAUGCUAAUAGCAAUCAAAUUCAUAAAUUAAAGCAAGUGCAACUUUUAAGUACCCCCAACUUAAAUGUCUUGUCGAAUAUCAGGGUAAAAGAAAAAGAAGACAUUUGUCCUGCUGUGAUUCCCUCUUCAGUACUGCAAUUUUUUUUUUGAAGGCUUUUGUUGUUUUGGGGGCACUUUCAGUGAAGCACUCAAAAAUUCAUUGUUUACGUUAUUCAUUAUGACAAUUGGCUGCCACAAAGAAGGAUUGAAAAGUUUGGGGUUUUUUUUUUUGCUUCCAUGAAAUUGGCACAUUGAUUCCAUGCCACUGGUCCAUUGCCUUUGUAUCCAAAUUUUGUUUUCGAAAUACCUGACAGAUCAAGCCUUACCGUGGUCCGUUCUUGUUGCCAGGGUACACGGUAGACUUUUGCAGUGAUCCUGGCAUGUUUGCAACAGGGUUUGGGGUCAAAGGUCACAAUGCAAUUUUGUUGUUUUUUUAAUGUACAGUUGUUUUUUUUAGUACAAAAUGUCUACAAACUGUCAACAGUUUAUUAACUGAAAGACUGUGUCAACUUAACAUGUUUUGCUUAAUUCAGAUGUAUAUUGAUGCUCAAAUGAAAUAAUUUAAGAUGUUCUAAAUUAUGUACACUGUUCUACUUUUGUUAAUGUUACAGGGGUAGAGAUUGAAAGGGGGGCGGGGCUGUGUUUGUAUUGUCAUGGAAACUAUUUGUAUGAUAUAUGAAUGCAAAUAUUUGUAUGCUGCCAAGGGAGGGGGUUAUUUUGUUCCAGUCCAGGAAUUUCAUAACUCUUUGACACCAGAAAAAAACCAAAGGUAUGUGCUAUGUCAAAAACGCAAACAAACAAAAUAUUUUACACAUGUUGGAUUUCAUUUAUCUCUUUGUUAUUAUUAUUUUUUUCAAAAUCUGAAAAUGGAUGACUAUCUGAAAUCAAAAUUAUUUUUUGUUGUUGUAAUGUGUCUGCUUUGUAUAAAUGCUUGAUUGAGAUUGCUGGCUUUUCCCCCCGUUUUUGCAAGUGUGUGCUUUUUUUGUCACUUGCUAAGACCAAGAAAUAACGAUUGUUGUGAGUCGGAAAAAAAAAGAUAUAAGAUUUGUCAUUUUGUUUGGUUUAAUGUAAGGACCAUUCAAAAAAGUCUAUAUGGAAAAAUUAAAUAAAAAAAUUUUAAUAAAAACGUACGUUGUACGGCACAAGUGCAGUACUUUCUUUGUUACUUAAAACGCAAUUUUUACGCAUUCCUCUUAACCAAUCCAGUCAUGCAACUCUUCUUUUUUUUGCGGCUCUUGGGACAAAAUUAAUAUGCAAAGAAAAACGUAUUUUGUGCUUGGACUGAUAAAUUUAUGUUAAAAACAAAAUAAUUGUGUACAAUUUGUUAUUCUUUUUUAAACAUUGCAUAUUUGAUUAUAUUGUAAAGUGUGUUUUUCCAUGAUGUGUGGCAUAUUCUUUAUUCUGUUUAAGGUUUUCUCAGGGUUUUUAUUGGAAAACCGACUUUCUUUUUUUUUGUGUUUUUGGCUUUUUUCUGUAGAUUGACUUGUGCAGUGAUAUUGGUACAUGAAGAGUUAAAAAAAAUCUCUCUCUAAAUAAAUUUAAGAAAAAAAAUUCAAUUAUUGAUAAAAAAAAAAUUCCCUUAAUGUGGUUAAAAUAUUUGUAAUUUUACAAUGCCAGUGCUGCCAUAUAUAACUUUUAUUAUUCUCUCGUAUGUAACUGCCAUGAAUGUUGUUAAGAAAGAACAGUAGGGAAAUAUUAAUGAGCUUGUAUUUGAUGUCAAACAAUAAUAACUGACCACUUCAACCACUCAGUGCAUUUUGAUCUACGUGUUUGCUACUCAGAAUAAGUCCUUGCUGAUUCAAUGGGGGACAUAUUUUUCGGUCUGUACAUGUAGUUCCUCUUUGAAAUUGUCUUUUAGCGACUCAACGAAUGUAAUAAUGAAACAUUUGCAGUCAACUGUAAUUUGGACAGGGUUUUUAUAAAAUGAUGUGUAUUGUGAACAUGGCAUGCUGUAUAUUUUUUAAAACGUUGUGCACUCUAAUGCUCGGUGGUCGAACCCAUAAUUCCAGUUUUGUGUGUCCAAAGUAUUUUUGAUCAUUUUGUUCUUCAGAUGUUAAUAUAUAUAUAAGAGAGCUGGUACAAAUUUGACGUUGUUUUCAAAAAUUUAUUUCCAAAUAUGUCAGCAGUUUGAAAAAAAUUGGAAAAGCCACAAAGCUACAUAAAAACGAUGUAGGAAUUGAAACCAUUUGAGGAUGAUUAAUUGUUACUUAAAGUAUAUACUAGAAAAACUAUAUUUAUUGUAGAACGAAUACGUUACAUACAUUUAUGGCAGUUAGUUUGUAUAAAGUGCAUUUUUUCCCCCCGUUUUACAAUUUUGUACUGUUUUCUUUUCUUUUCUUAAAGCCGCAUUCUCUGUUUACGUCAUUGGAAUUUCAUCAUGAGCAUUAGCAUUUUGUAGUUUCCAAAGAUGCUUGUCAUAACUGAGUUGUUUUGCAGAUGUGGGGGAGGGGCGGGGCGAAGAGAGAAAAGGGGUUUGGAUUGUGCUUGAUUUGGCGGGCUGCAUUCUUCAUUCCGUUGUGUACUAAUGUGCCAAGUAUCAGAGUAACAUUUAGAAAGGAAAUCAAAAAUGAUCUGUUUUUAAUUUCUGUCACAUUGUUGACUUUUUGAUGUUCCAAUUUGGCACACCGAGACAGACAUUUUGUGGUUUUUUGGGUUGAAAUACUGUCUUUUACUGAUGUACCAUUUACUACCUUAGUCCAAUAAAUAAAUAUAUUUGAUUCUAUGAAAAGCAUUUUGAAUUUUUUUCUCCGGAAGUUUAUCAUAUGUAAAAAAAAAAAAAAAAAAUAGAGAAAGAGCAAGUUUUUGAAAGCAUAUUUAUGACUGUAUUUUUUUGCUUGUACUUUUUGGUUUGUUUUGCGGAUGUGCCCUUUUUCCGCAGUGUAUUGAGAUCUAUUUGUUUAAGCGAAGGAAAAAAAAAGUUAAUAAUAAUGUACAUUAAUGUAACAAAGCACCAUUUGUACGGGUGAGUGUAUAAUUAUUCUUCUAAGAAACUCUCUCUUCCAGAAAAAAAGGUUGAAAUGAAGAUGGGGAAAAAAAAAAAUUAUGAAGUAUUAUGAAUACUACUGUGUGUGACUAGAAUGUGAUUUCAGCUCUCAUUAACAUUUGAUUAUAAGCAUUAAUAGACACUUUACUCUUUCGAAAAAAAGAAAAAAAAAAAAAGGCUUAUGCGAAAGCCCAUGUACGUGUGUGUGUAUACGUUUCCCCCAUGUUCACUUUGUCUGUUCUCUGUGCCACAGAUAUUUAAAUUAGUGAUUACUUGUAUGAUAAUGCUGUACUACUUAAAUGGUGAGGCAAUAUAUAUUAAUUGGUUUAAAGACCUGUUUGUUUAUGCUUGUUAACAAAACUUUUUAUUUUCAACAUUUUUUUUAAACAUUGUCGUCAAUUUCGGUAUAAUUAGUUUGCUCUGUUUGACAAGCAGCUGUGAAAUGUUCUGUUUCAUCAUUGUAAUUAUGGCCUUAAUUAUCAGCUUAACAGACUUUUUUUUUUACUGUUUUUUUUUUUUGAACGCUUUUGUUUAAUUUGCAGCCAAACUAACUUUGGUUGUUCAGUAGAUGGCUACACCAGAACCAAUGUCGAGUUUUUUGUAUAUUUUUUUCUUUUCUAAUACAAUGCAUUCCAUGAGAGUAAAAAGAAAUAAUUGUAAAGUUUAACGAACGAAUGAAUGAACAUGUAUUGCUUGGUUAAAAUUUCAUCUCGUCAUCAAAGAAAACAAAAUAAAGUAAAAAGAAUUAAAAAAAAAAAAUUAUCAAAGACAGGAAGUUAGAAAAAAAGGUGCUAUCUAUUGAGAAAAAAAAGUUUUCAGUCCAAGUGACUUCAGAGAUAUUCCGUGCCAGAUUAUCAUUGCUUAUUCUCUCGCUUAUCAAGUUUCUUUCAGUUUUUCACACAUUUCUGUCAAUUUGUAGCUGCAUGGAGCCCCAACAUAUGAAUCCAGUUGUGCUAUUUUUUUGUUCCUGUUUGUCGACAUAACCAGUAGUUGUAAUAACUUAAUAAAGAAAAAACCUUUAAUUGAUGUACACAUUAAGCCAAAGCAUUUACGGUGAAGGCCUUUUUAUUAUAGAGAAAUACCAACCAAUUCCUAAUAACUUUUAUGAUAUAAAAAACUCAUUUUUUCAGUAAAGGAUAAAUGAAAGGUGUUUUCAGUGUAAAGUCCAGGUGCAUGGAGAUGCUAGCCAGUGUGUUAAGAGCAAAUAACCAGCCUUGUUUUUUGCAACUUUAAAGAUAUAUUAUAUAACUGGAAAAAAAAAAUUUAAAAAAAAAAAAGUAAUAAUAUUUAUCCGUAAAUAUUUUACAUGACCGUAGAUCACGUGAAUGUUAACAAUCUGGAAUUUUGUUGUCAUUUUGUAAAAAAAAUUAAAAAUGGAGAAAAAAAAGAACAAAAAAAAGAUAAAUAUUGGGAAAAGUUUUUAAAACUUUUUUUUUUUUAAAUAUUAGGAGCUGUAAAACUGUGCAACUUUAAUUUUCCACUGGUUACUUGUCAGCUAUGCAUGAUGGGAUUGAUAAUUUGUAACGUGUAGUUGACGCUGUGCAAUGCAGGGUUUCGGUAUCCUCAUGUGCAAAAAGCACAGGGAUCAAUUACUGGUAUUCUUAAAAACCAAACAGUAUAAAAAAUGUAAAAAUCACAACCAAAAAAAAAAUAUUAAAAGAAAAAAAGAAAAAAAAAACUACAAAUAUGUAAAAAGUAAAAAAAAAAAUUAUAAAAUUGACAAAAAAUCUUUACGAUAAAAAAAAUUACAAAAAUUUAAAAACCAAAAAAAAUACAAAAUAAAAAAAAAAUAAAAAAAUUAAUGCAUUGUUCUUUGCCUUCAAAAUAGGAGCAGUGUUAAAAAAGACAAUGAGUAAUAUAUAAUUCCUGUGGAAGUAUGUAGGUUAUGAGGUUAUAUAAAUGCUGUGUUCCUGUUAAAUUUGCGAUUAUUUUGUUCUUUUCCUCAUAAAAUGUGUUUUCAUUUACCAACUCCCAGUGCAUUUUGGAUGGGGGAAUUGUAAAACAGUGUAGCGACAACUGCCCAAAUUCCUGGCUGUAUUUUGUGUGGGUUUCAAUAAUGGAAAUCAAUCGGUACUCCACAGCGAUUCUGGUGUGGAAUGUCAACGAAAUCAUCAAAGAAAUAGACUUCUGGUUUUUUUUAAGUGGGUAUUGAGAAUGCUGUACAGAUUUUCAAGUACAUGUACCGGUAUUCUAGUAUGAAAUAUGGGAUUUUUUUUUCUGUAUGGCCAGAAACUCAUUUUGGUAAUUUGGUACUGAUGUGAUACGUAUUCUAGGAUGCAGUGUUUGAUACCUAUAUUUUUUUUCCUCCCCUGUCAGUAUUGUGUAGUGUGUAAUGUUGCAUUUUUGAUUGAUUCACUUUAAUUACCCACCACUUUUGUUGAUUUAAAAAAAAAAAUUGGUGAAGGGGGGGGGGUAUGUUUUCAGUGCGUGCUUUCUCAUGAAACAAAUAAGGGGCAACCUCUAUCUAAUUAUUCAAUGUCACAGUGUACCAUUGCUACUAACUUGCCAAAAAAAGGAAGCGUUUUUGUAAAUAAUACAGUAAUUACUUAGUCACACAAAUUUUUGAGGGCCAUAAUUGUAUUAAACGGAUACAUGCUGAAUUGUAUUAACUGUGCCUAUUGUAGAACCCAAUUUGUCUUGUCAGAACAUAUUUAUAAAGUUGAGUUGGGGUGGGGGAGGAUUUGCAUUGAUGUUUGUGUCUAAUUUGCAUCAGUUUCUAACGUAUGUGCACAAAGAUUGUGAUUUCCAACGACAAAUUAUCUUCAUUACGUUGAGUGUGCAAGGUCUUGUGUGUUUUUUUUCUUGAAAACAACCGACCACUGAGAAAAAGACAAAAAAAAUUGUGUAGUGCCUACUAAUAAAAUAAGUCGAAAAUGCAUUGUUGUUGAGCUGUUGAGCAAAUAUAUUGUGUAUGUACAAAUCCCGAGGUUGCCUAGGUAAAUCCACGGUAGGAUAGGUGAAUCAAUCCAAUCAAGAAAUCAGUACUGGCAUUUAUGAUACAAAUCGGCUUCUAAUGGGAGAAACAAAAUGCGGCAGAGAAAGAAAAAAAAAAGUGGAAAUGUAAAUAUUGUGUAUAGAUAUUCUGUACCUCUUUACUCAUCUGCUGGGGUUAGUAGUAUGGAGAGUGCUCAAAGUUGCCCAUUAUUCGACAACAUUGGAGCCGAUUGUUACUUGUGAAAUAUUAUAAUGUAUACAACUUCCAUUUGAUUGUGCAAAAAAAACAGAAGACAAACUUUAGCCUUGUUUUUGGUAUCAAUUUUUGACAGGAAAGCAAGUAUUAUAUGUGGUUUAAAACAAAAUAAUAAGUUCUAUUCUUAAAGACGUUUUACACACAAAAAAUUGUACUUUGUAUAGUAUGUCUGUGUCACAUGAUGCACCUAUAACGUAGUGUUUAUAAUUAAACAGAAAGACAGAAAAAACCAGAUUGUUCUUUGGGUCUCCAUUGGAGGAAAGGUUACACGAACAAGCAAAGCUUAAUACCUAGUGAUUUGCUGUUAAUAUAUAUAUACUCCGCCAUUGAGUGAAAUAACAUUGCCUCGGUAUUUUAGUUGUCUAUCGUAAACGAUAUAUAAUAAAGUGCUUCCAUACAGUGUCAUAAACUAAAGGACCACCUUCUGUGGUCAACGGCCAGGCCAAGGGAACAAGAAGUUCUGUUUCUGGUUUUAUUUUUUCAUAACUUCUCAAACCAUGUUUUUUUCUUUAAUGGGCCGUGAGUAACUUAUCAACUCAGAAUGAAUGAUCCACUCUUGUAGUCACAAACUCUCCACUAUGGGUGCAGUUAUAUAGUGUUGGGUGAUGAAGAAUCGGUGUUAGUUUUUUUCAUGAAAAGAAAAACUUCAAAUGAAAUACAAAAAACAAAUGAAUGUCUUCCUUCCAUUUCAAUCCAUAUACUUAAAUCGAAGUCGAGUUAAAUUCGUGUAAUUUGCAGGAAUAACAGAAAUUGUGCAACAAGUUUGAUGUUUAUCAUUUGAAAUAUAAAGCAAUUAACUUAUAUUUACAAAGAACUGAAGAAGAAGAAAAAAUGCCAUAUUUUGAUCUUGCAUUGUGUCUUUUUCGGUUUAGAAAUGUACAAUUCCAAAUUAUAGUGUGUAGUUUUAACAGUAUCUGUGAAAAAAAGCGUAAAACUUGACUUGAUGCAGUCUGCUGACCAUUCUGACCAGAAACUACUUUUUGUUUUCUUUUCAUGGCUUGAGUUUAAGGAGACUAAGAGGCAAGUCUAGUUACAUCAGUACAAUGCCAUUAUUAUGUGGAGUAGAGAGGGCCAUUGGUGUGUGUGCUUUAAUAUAGGACCUUGUAAAACUCAGAGACAAUAA